UUGACACACAGCACUGAGUGCAGCUUGCCUGCCUGGGUCGAACUGAGCUAAAGAAACGACAGGAGAAGCUGCGAACAUCUGGCCUAACAUCAUGAAAGGACGUCGGAACAUUUAGAAAAAUACGGUGACUUGGCAAAUAUCUGUUAUGAAGGAAGAAUGGAGUUCCCAGACCAUAGCCGUCAGUUGCUGCAGUGCCUGAGUCAGCAGCGUCACCAAGGUUUCCUCUGUGACUGCACUGUUCUCGUUGGGGAGGCGCGAUUCAAAGCACACAGAGCUGUGCUGGCCUCAUGCAGCAUGUACUUCCAUCUCUUCUACAGGGACCAGCCAGACAAAAGGGACGUUGUGCAUCUGAACAGUGACAUUGUGACAGCCCCGGCUUUCAGUCUGCUCCUUGAGUUUAUGUAUGAGGGGAAGCUGGAAUUCAACACUCUGCCAGUGGAGGAUGUCCUGGCUGCGGCCAGUUACCUUCACAUGUAUGAUAUAGUGAAAGUGUGCAAAAGCAAGCUGAAAGAUAAGGAACUAUCCACCCUGGAUGAGAAGGUUAGCGAGGGGAUAACACUGGAGAACUCCUCAGACAGCGAGCUGCACAGCAAGCAGCCAGGGCCAGGCCGGCGACAGACACGGACACAGCAGCCGCACCAGAGAGCCCCCCCGGGAGAAGAGUUUCACAUGGACAACAGCAAAGUCAGGCUGGCUGUCACAGAUUGUGAUAGGUCUGCACAGAGCAGGCAGAAGGCAAAUGGUCACCCUGGCAGGUCCCCGGACCUUGUAGGUGUCAAUUACGUGUCAGCAGAGGCCGAGCCCUGCGUCCAAACAGCUGGAAAAACAAAAGCUGAUGUCAGUAGUUCCACAGUAUUGCUGUCCCAGAGGUCCCGGGCUUCAGAUGACAUGGACUGUGCUCUGGAUUUGUCUUUCAAGCCACUGUCUAGCAGAGAUCCCUUACACCCCUCCUAUGUCUCAGGACAGCUGGCCCUCGACAGCCAGCAGCAGGGCACUGAGCCACUUGUUAAAGACGAACACGACUUGCUGUCAGAGCAGGAGGACAGUGAGCCGAUGAGCCCGGAGAGCCAGCGCUUUGGGAAUAGUGCCAGGAGCUCAGUGGUGACAGGGUUCACUGCCCUCUUCCCAGGCAACAACGGCUCCACGGCGGCCCUGCUCUCCCAGGAGGAAGACCUGAUGGAGGAGGGGGAGAGCUGUGGGGGAAGGGAGGGCACGAGAGACAGAGAGGGCGAGGAGAGGAGGGGGAGGCUGCUGGGGGACAGUGAGGAGGAGGAUGACCUGGCCUCCUCGGACAUCUCCACUUCCAGUGGGGUGCUCCUGCCCCCGGGGCAACAGGUGUGUGUGUGCCCACUCUGCAGCAAAGUGUUCCCCAGUCCCCAUGUGCUCCAAGUGCACCUCAGCUCGCACUUCCGCGAGAAGGACGGGGCGCGCUCCAAGCUCUCCCCUGACGGCUCUGUUCCCACCUGCUCACAGUGUGGCAAGACCUUCUCCUGCAUGUACACCCUGAAGCGGCAUGAGCGCACACACUCUGGCGAGAAGCCGUACACCUGUGGCCAGUGCGGCAAGAGCUUCCAGUACUCUCAUAACUUGAGCCGGCAUGCCGUGGUUCACACACGUGAGAAGCCUCAUGCCUGCAAGUGGUGUGAGCGGCGCUUCACCCAGUCUGGGGACCUGUACCGCCACAUCCGCAAGUUCCACUGUGGCCUUGUCAAGACCCUCGCCAUUGGAUAAACCCCUCUCACCAGUGCCAUGAAAUAAGACAGAGUAACGUUUUAUCACUCCCUGAGUACCACUGCGUAUACUUUUCUAGUUAUACAUAUUCACAAAUGAAUAAUGACAUAUCCUUUUGGAAUUCUACUCUGUGGCAUUUCUUAAGUUAAAUUGUAUCAACUUUAGAAUGCACAAAACUGGAUUUCACUGGAAAGAUGUUGGGCUUUGACAUUGGCCUAUAUGAUUUAGUUGCACAAAACUAACAUUCUUUUCAACUCAAGCUGGAUGUCCUGUAUGUUAAAGGUGGACAAAUCAGUUGCACUUGUCUAUUUCUGUAUUGGUACUGCUGAGCUGGAUGAAGAGUGUUCUGCUGAAACAUUUCUAUGUACAUACCUUAUGCGCAAGGAAAUUCUAGCACAAUAUCCUGAAUGGAUGAACAACGUCUGAGUAGUGCACAUGGGGAAGGAGAAACAAAAACCGUCCAAGAGUAGCAGUAUAUUUUCUUUUUUAAAUCCAACCUUAUUUAUUAGUCUAACAGGAACAAAUAUCAAAAGGCACUGAAAAAAUAUUUGAAGUUGGAAUACUGGAUUUUUUUUGAGGGGUAGCUAGUAUUUACAUUUUCUUUAUGGUAGGGAUGAAGCAGACCACAUAAAUAAUGUUACCUAGAAUAGAGGACUAAAAGAAAGAUGAGUGGCAAGGGUUUUUAAUAUCAUAGUAAAAUGGAGCUUGUCCUGAAGGAAUUACUUUUUUGCUGCACUGGCCUUUCAAUGUUCAUCACAUCCUGCUUAGAAUCAGGCUGCUGAAUGAACAUUAGAAGUGAAUUGUAUUAUCACCUUUACACUCUAGCAUGAUGCAUACAGUUUCACUAUGAAGUGAAAGAAUGCCCGUAUCACUGGUGCCUACUGAUAUUCUUGACACUCCUGCUGUUCUCAGGCAAGCAUGGGACCUCUUGCCAUCAAUACAACUAAUCCAUAGGCCUUCAAAAACGUGGUUAGCACUUUCCGUUUACAGUGCAUUAAUACCAGGAAAUAACUUGGUCACUCUGUGAUAGUAUGCCAGUUGACUAAUCAGUGUACUUAGAAAAAUGUAAUAAAUGUGCCAUAAAUCAAGCUUUUAUUGAUUACCAGUUGACUUCUAUUUAGUAAGUCCAAUUUCUGGGUUAAUUUUCUGUAUUUCGGCACUGUAAAAGAAAGGGUAACCACAUGUGAAUAUUCCAUUACUGUCCAUGUAAUAAUGCUGGAGGCAUGCCUCGAUAGACAGGGCAGAGAGUGGGUGAGGUGGUAAAUAUAUACUCUGUGUGCCUCAGUGCUUCUCUGAGGAGAUGGUGUACUGUGGAUAUCUUGUCGCCACGCUGUUCUUUCAUCAGAACUUCAUCAGUUUAUUUCGCCCCUUGCAUUUACUCUUAUACUGUCCUAUCUAUUUUUCUGUUAAUGUUGAAGUACUACUGAUACUGUUUGAGUGAAACCUUUGGUGAAACUUAGCUUGACAGAGUCCUUGGACAGAAUAUGUACUUUGAGCCUGUUAUGUGUUGGAAGGGUUUCAUUGUAGUUGGGUUCAUUUUGAUGCUAUACAUAUGGAUUCCUACAAGGUGAGUAGCACUAAAAGUCCAAGAAAUUAGUUUAAUCUGUCCUGAGAAGACUUGAUCAGAAUUAUUUAUUAGUUUAACUUGGUUCAGGGUUUACUUUAGGUGUGAUCUGUUAAGAUGAGCUAAUUUCUCUAAGCUUGAAAGACUGUUGAUGUCUUGCCUUGGUAUUGGGGAUGUUUUUAUUACUUUCUGCAAAUCCUGUUACUGUAAUGAAUUGGUCUGUUAAUGUAUCUUACACAGAAUUCUUAAAUUAAGUAUUCAAGAUUUGUCUCACCAACCGUAGCGAAGCACUUGUUUUGAGCAUGCAUAUAGUUUCAACACUGAUAUUGUCUAGGCUGCUAUUUCUUACUAUUUGUAUAUUUAAUGUAAAUAUAUAUUCUAUUUAUCAGUGUUGUUUCUCUUUAUUACAAGAACACAUGUAGAGUUGAGAAAGCAAGGUGUCUUACGAAGGCUUCAAUCUCUUAGGGAAGAGUUUAAUGUCUUCCCUCCCCCUUGAUUUGGGCUUCCUUUUCCUGUCACUCCAGUGAAUUUGGUUUCCUUUUUAUAUUUAAGGUCUCAUAGGCCAUCUCUUCACUACAUAUCAGAAAAGGGAAUAAUAUUGCUAUGACUGCUGUUUCAGCAGAGGAAGCAGUUAUUCACAAGCCCAAACACACUGAUUAUGGUAUAGAAUAUCUAUAGAAAUCCUACAAUACGAGCAUUGUUCUCUUGUCCCAGGUAGUUCUCAAGGGAUAAUUUUGCAUCUCUGCUUUCGCUGUGGGGAAAAAGUCAGCAUGAGUCUCUCUUUGCACUUUUCGUAUUGAAUGGAGCCAUUGGAAUGUGAGAAAUGCAUUUAGCAAUGGGAGAUCUGGGAGACAGUAAACAGGUGCAUUGUCUGGAGGCAUCAAAGAACAGCCCUCAAUUCCCAGCAUGCAUUAGAUAAGUGCUUCAUUGUUCUUUUAUGUGGAGAGGAUACCACAGCGACUCCAUAGCAUCUUAAUCAACACAAUCUCUCUUUAAUUGUUGAUGUUUCAAGAACCUGUUUGAUUUGAGGUAUUGCAACACUGAUUAAUCUGAUUUUUAUAAUAGGAAAAGUAGUAUGUAGGUAGUAUUUAUUAACAUCCAGUUAUACCUAUUUCAUCAUCCUCCCACUGGAAUGAGUUUCCCAAUAUUUCAUGAAGCUGUGUGUUUUCAGAAUGUAAUGUAGUGUUAACAAUGAGUGGUAUUUCAAUCAAAACACAGGAAUGUACAUUCAUUUGUGUAUUUUUCUCACUUUUGAAAUUAUUUUUUUUGCAUGAUGCCGUUGAAACAAUGAUUUAUUGUUUUUGUCAUGUACACAUGCAGCUGUGCAGGGUUAGAAAACUAUGUAAAAUCUUCUCGCUGGUUUCUCAGUCAUUAUUUAUAUCUCCAGGAUCAUCACAGAAUGUGCCUUGCAGACACAAGUGUUGCACCUGGAGUUGCCCUUUUUGUACACUGUAAGUUUGCCACAGACUGCUGUGAUGACCAUACAAACUUCUGUUAAUUAUUUAAAAAAUGAAUUCAUGGUAUCAAAAUGUCAACAAAGCCCAUUGUUUUGAAAUCUUUGUAAAAGUUUUUAAUCAGGAAUUCAAUGUAAUGUUAAGCAAACUGAACGCAGUUAUUUUUUUUUGUUUGGCUCUAAGCCAAGUCCAUGUUUAGGAAUGAACCUAAUUGUGUUCCAUAUGAUGUCAUGUUUAAUGUGAAACACUGAGAGAGAGAUUUAAUUUGUUUGAAAACUCAUGCUGGGGCUCCUGAUCGUGGGGUUAUGUUUUCCUAAUUCAUGCUAUAGGAUUUUACGGUCUAGAACUGAGUAUUAGGUUACAUUUAAUACUGGAUUUGUGUCUUUGGCAGGUUAAGACUGUGAAAUUGUGUGUAAUCAUGAGAAAUAUUUAUUCAAUUGUUUCUUGUGCAACAUUUGUCUCAAUUUUGAUUUGUAAAAUGAAAGAUGCUACUAAGUGUCAAUGGACAUCUUUUUAAUAGAAUUUUUAGAAUGUAAUAUAAUUUUUUAAUAAGAAAGGUAUAUUUUAUAGUAAUCAAUUGCUUCUGUGUUAGUGGUUUAUAGAUUAGGGGACAAUCUUGACAUUGUAGAACUCGAGGCAAUUUAUUUCUGUUUUGUUUUGUUUGCGCUUUCCGAGUGUUUGUGUGUGUGCGUGCUGUGGACAUGUGACAAUCUUGAGUUAGGUCUUUUAUUAAAAUUAUGCAUAGAUUAAACAGAACCCUUUUCUGUGA